CCCAUGCUCAAAGGAAUAUUCAAAGUCUGCUUUUCAUGUUUUUUUUUUUUUAACCCAUCUACCAAUAGCUGCCCUUCUUUGUGAGGCAUUGGAAAACCUUCCUGGUCUUUGUGGUUGAAUGUGGGUUUGAAAUUCACUAGAGAGGGGUAAAAACUAAAAGUCAAGGGGUAUGAAUACUUUCUGAAGGUACUGUAAAAAUCAAGUGGACCACAACCUUCACAUCAUUGCUAUUUUUCAUUUGGAAUUUGCCCUUAGGCAACAGUGCGCCCUCAGACCUUCACACUGAGACUGAACAUCAGUGUAGAUCAGUCAUCACCUAGCGUAAUCUACAUCCCCACUCCAACCCUCACUGGCUAGCCAUAGCAUUCCAUGCCCUGGAGAUCUGAGGAAUGUGUGUAAACAGAUCUAGGUCUAGAAGCUCUGCCUGAAGUAUGCUACAAUACCUGAAGAGAGAAGCCCGGGACCGACCAAUGAAAGAGUGACUUGUGACUCUCUUUAACCAACCCAACCCCCACUACUCACUUCCUGGUGGGAAACGGGAAGUGUUGCAACACCAUCACUACUGCUGUUUGUGAGGCUAACGCAGGACUUACUGAAGCUGGCAUGUGCUUAAUAACCUCCCUCAUCAUGAGAUGACUGGUAUCAGAUGGUAUUUGCUAUUUGAGAAGCUGAUGAUCUUCGGCUUCUUCUUGUGUCUGGAUGCCUUCCUCUACGUGUUCACUCUGCUGCCCCUCCGGGUGCUGCUGGCCCUGCUACACCUCUUCACCCUGCCCUGCUGCGGCCUCCGGGCAAACGUAUGCCCCUACUGCAAUCGGAGCAGUGGCUCGCUCCUGCUGCAGCCGGCCCAGGUGUGUGACAUCUUGAAGGGACUGAUAAUGGUGCUGUGCUACUCCAUGAUGCACUACGUGGACUACAGCAUGAUGUACCACCUGAUCCGGGGACAGUCCGUCAUCAAACUCUACAUCAUCUAUAACAUGCUGGAGGUUGCCGACAGGCUGUUCUCAUCAUUUGGCCAAGACAUCCUUGAUGCUCUCUACUGGACGGCCACGGAGCCCAAAGAGAGGAAGAGAGACAGCAUAGGGGUCAUCCCCCAUUUCAUCAUGGCUGUGUUCUACGUCUUCCUGCAUGCCAUCCUCAUCAUGGUCCAGGCGUCAACACUCAACGUGGCUUUCAACUCUCACAAUAAGUCCCUGCUGACCAUCAUGAUGUCCAACAACUUUGUAGAGAUCAAAGGAAGUGUGUUCAAGAAGUUUGAGAAGAACAACCUCUUUCAGAUGUCCAACAGUGAUAUCAAGGAACGGUUCACCAACUAUGUGCUCCUGCUCAUCGUCUGCCUCAGGAACAUGGAGCAGUUCUCAUGGAACCCAGAUCAUCUCUGGGUGUUGUUACCUGACGUCUUCAUGGUGAUCGCCUCAGAGAUCGCAGUGGACAUCAUCAAACACGCCUUCAUCACCAAGUUCAACGAGAUCACGGCAGAUGUAUACAGUGAAUACAGAGCCAGCCUGGCCUUUGAUCUCGUCAGCAGUCGGCAGAAAAAUGCCUGCACAGACUACAGCGACUCUGUAGCCAGAAGAAUGGGCUUCAUUCCUCUUCCUCUUGCAGUCCUGCUAAUCCGUGUGGUGAUGAGUUCAGUGAAUGUACAGGGAGCCCUGUCCUACUCCUGUCUGUUGCUCUUCUACUUGGGGAUGGUGACCCUGAAGGUGCUGAACAGUAUUGUGCUACUGGGGAAGUCGUGUGUGUAUGUGAAGAGAGCCAACAUGGAGGACAAACUGUUUGAGAGGCCCUCCACAGCCGCCCCCGGGAAGACGCCUAGUAGAACCAGGAAAACAUCCAGAUGUACUGCCCCCUCAGGUGAUCCGUGGUCCGAGCGGUCCCCAUCCAGUCCUUCCUGCACCUUCACCGCCCAGCCUACCCCCACUGCCAGCCCCACCCUGCGGCCAGAGACCGUACCCCCUCCCCCCACUACUUCCACAACUCCAGCCAGCCCUCCCAUCCCAGAGCCGGACCCUGACACCCUCACCCCCUCGCCCUCUGCCACUCCUGAGCAGAAAGAGGAGGAAGGGAUGGAAGGCACAGAGCUGAAGCAUAGGACCCCUAAAAAGGAUCUGCUGGAUGUUGACCGCUUCACUAUAUGUGGGAACCGCAUCGAUUGACCCCUUCUAUUGACCCCUCCCCAAAAAAGUGAUAAUCACUCAGGAGAGGCGGUGAGCUGGACGCACGCCAGCAUUUCGGCUCUCUUAGCCAAAGCCAGCGGAAGCAACAUGUAUUUAUUGAGCUAGACAGACAGUAAGUUAUUGCCAUACAGUAAGCUAUUGUGGACUCUGGGACUGGCUGUUUAAUUUAAGUCGACCUGUUGUUUUUUUUGGGGCCCGACAAGAGAACUAAGUUGGUUGGGCAACGGAAGAAUGUGAACGGUAUUGUUGUUUCCAUGACAACCCAGUCGUGUGCGCGUGUGUGCGUGCACGGACACAAAUGUGAAUCAUGAGAAAUGGGGCCUCUUCUCAGAUAAACAUCCAGCAAGAGAUGAACAAACUAAAAUCAAACUGCAAAUGAGGUUUCUGGAUCAUUAUGGUUUACAGGAAAACAAUACCAUGUUAAAUUAGUUAUCUGUCAAUGUUAUACAGUUUAAUAUGGACAUACAGUGCCUUGCGAAAGUAUUCGGCCCCCUUGAACUUUGCGACCUUUUGCCACAUUUCAGGCUUCAAACAUAAAGAUAUAAAACUGUAUUUUUUUGU